AUGCCUCUGUUUUCAAAUUAUCCCAAGGUUCUCGUGCCUGAGAAGCUAUCUCAAGAUGGCUUGGCAUUGAUGCGCAGCUCCCUUGAUGUCCAUGAACGGAAGGAUCUGAGCGCCGAUGAGCUUCUUCAGAUCAUCCCCGAGUACGAUGCCCUGCUAGUCCGCUCCGAAACCAAGGUAAAUGCGACUCUGCUGCGAGCUGCCCGGCGUUUGAAGGUGGUUGCUCGUGCCGGUGUCGGAGUUGACAAUGUUGAUGUUCAAGAGGCGACAAAAUUGGGAGUUGUUGUCGUCAAUUCGCCUUCGGGAAAUAUCAAUUCAGCGGCGGAACAUACCAUUGCCCUGAUGAUGUCCAUGGCGCGAAACAUCCCAGCGAGCUGUGCCAGUCUUAAAGAUGGAAAGUGGGAGCGAAGCAAAUAUGUUGGCGUGGAAGUCAAGGGCAAGACAUUGUCGAUCAUUGGACUUGGAAAGGUUGGGUUGACUGUCGCACGACUGGCCAAAGGUCUGGGCAUGAACGUGAAUGCCCUCGACCCCUAUGCCUCAGCAGCUGUAGCUGCAUCCGCCAGUGUUGCACUUGUAUCAUCGUUGACUGAAUUGCUCACAUCUUGCGACUUUCUGACCAUCCACACACCGCUCAUUGCCUCUACUCGAGGAAUGAUUGCCGAGGCUGAAUUGUCUCAGAUGAAAAAAGGAUCCCGCGUGCUCAAUGUAGCUCGAGGUGGUACAUUUGAUGAAGAAGCUCUACUUGCAGCGCUAGAAUCAGGCCAUAUUGCAGGGGCAGCCGUCGAUGUGUUUACAUCGGAGCCACCGGCCCCAGAUUCACCAGCAGCUCGACUUAUCGCUCAUCCUCGGGCAGUUGUCACACCGCAUCUCGGCGCUUCCACAGUCGAAGCACAGGAAAAUGUUUCAGUUGACGUCUGUCAGCAAGUGCUCGAGAUUCUGCAAGGCUCACUACCUCGGUCAGCUGUCAACGUUCCUAUCAUUCUCCCGGAAGAAUACAAAAAGCUCCAGCCAUUCGUACGCUUGGUUGAAAAGCUUGGCAGCUUGUAUACGCAGCACUAUGCCACUACUUCCGGAGGAUCCAUGACACAAAACACCUUUGAUCUGAUUUACCAAGGAGAAUUGGCUAGUAUCAACAAUACAAAGCCAUUGUUCGCAGCCUUGAUCAAGGGUCUCCUUUCGCCUAUCAGCAGCACCGAGGGGUUGAACGUGAACAUCGUAAAUGCCGAGCUUGUGGCUCGUGAACGUGGUAUCUUUGUUUCCGAACAGCAUUCUCGCGACCCAUCAGAGCACUCGUCGUAUUCAUCGCUGGUAACUCUUGUUGCUCGCCCACCGUCUCGCUCAUCGUCGCGGGCCCCUAAUACUGACACUUCUGGACCUGUCCCGACUCAACAGCAACGCAUCAUUUCUGGCACCUGCUCUGGUGACCAGCUACUGAUCACCCGCUUGGGUCGUUUCGAGGCUUCUUUUGAGCCAGAAGGAACAUUGCUGAUCUGCGAAAACUAUGAUUCACCUGGCAAAAUCGGAGUUGUGGGCAGCAUCCUCGGUCGAGAAGGAAUCAACAUCAAUUUCAUGACUGUGGGACCACUUUCGCCAAAGCAUGCAAUUCAUCAGUCUGCUCAAAAGGAAGGUACCCCACAGCCCAAAGAUGUAUUCUUGAAGGAGUCCUUGAUGAUCCUGGGAAUUGACCGCAAUGUUCCCUCCCAUGUUACGAUUGACCUAGCUAAAGAAAGCGGGAUCAUUAGUGCUUACGCUGUCACUCUUUAG